AUGCGUGGCUUGUUCCAGAAGCUGAAAUCGCCACCAAAGGCUAAUGCUACUAUCCCCACUACCAACACCCCGAUCACGCCUCCAGCGACUCCCAUUACCAAUCCAUCGACUCCCACCACUCAUGCCAUCCCCCACACCACUAAGGCGCCCAUUGCUGUUCCUCAAACACCCUCAAAAACCGAAACCACCGACCCUUCCCAAAUCGACGAAGCUAAGCUUAAAAACCACCCCAUCCUCAAACGAGUGCCCCGCUUCCUCCAGAAAUACUGUAUUCGCUUCAUCGAUGCUCCCUUUUCCCAUGUCACCGCCUUCCUUAUCCUUCAUGAGCUUACUGCCAUUGUUCCCUUAGUAGGAAUUUGGUGGGUAUUGCACAAAUAUAACUUCAGUAUCCCGCUUGAUUUGCCGCUGUGGGCGAUCGAUAAAGGCACCAAGAUCAUCGAUAAGCUGUUGGAAAGCGUCGACUUUAGUAAGUUCCUGUUAAACGAUAAAUGGCGGAUCAUUUCUGAAGGGGCCUACGCUUACGUUAUCGUCAAAUUCCUUCUCCCCGUGCGGGUGUUCAUCUCGUUAGCCCUCAUGCCCUGGUUUGCUAAGACGUUUGUGGUACCGUUUACUUCGUUAUUCUCCAGAAAGAAGAAGUCAGCGACGUCUAAAUCUACCACUACCACUCCCGAAGUGAAACCUAAACCCGUCACUAAACCAAGACUCUAA